AUGGCAGCACGUUCUCUCCUGCUCAGUCUGGCCUCAGCCUCCAGGGCUGGGCUUUUGAAUCUCCCACAGCGAACGCUUCCUCGACGACACCUUCAUCUGUCUGCGGCCAACUCUGCGCCCAGCGUGGCAAAUUCUACGCCUGGCUCUGGGGGCCAGGUUUUCCACCAGCCACCACCGGCAUCAGCUGUUCCAGGCCAGACCGAUGAUCUCAACGAUAGUAAACACGCCGCAUUCCUGGGGGAAGCGGACAGCAAUGACGGCUUGGAAGCAUAUCGAGACAGCUACGGGGCUCCUCCUCCGGCACUAGACGCCAAAAAUGCAGCGUUCUUGGGCGAGGCCGACUCUGACGAUGCCUUUGAAGCACAGCGAGCGGUAGAAGGGGACAGGCAUGAGCCUUUGGACCCCAAAAACGCGGCGUUCUUGGGCGAGGCCGAUUCGGAUGAUGCCUUCGAGGCAACGAAGGCAGUGGAAGGAGACAAACAUGAACCUCUGAAUGCUCAUAAUGCGGCAUUCUUGGGAGAGGCUGAUAGCGAUGAUGCUUUCGAGGCAGACGUGGAGCUUCAUCCGGAAAAACACCGCCAUAAAAUUGAAGAUACAUCUCCAAGUGGCUUGCAUGGGCAAGGAGGUGAGCAAGACCAGUGA